AUGACUGACCAACUGGACCAAUUAGCCACCGCAGAGCUGCAGCGAUUGCAGCGCCAGCAUCGCUCCCUUCAGCUGGACCUACGUGGUCUGCUCGAGGAGAAAGCGAAGCGGCUGAAGAAGCAGAAUCACAUGAUUAAUGUGCUGCAGAUAGAGUUUGAAAAACUAAAGGCCGAAAUCAAGACCCUGGAAGGAGGCCAACAUGCACGUCGAAAUGUCAACAAAGAAAAGCGAUUGGGCAACUUGCAGCAAACGCAGACGGAAUUGCAGCGGGUUUUCCAAGGUGAACGCACCAAUUUGUGGGAGCUCGAAGGACACAUUCGGAAAAUGGAGAAAGAAAUCGAUGCACUGCGUCGCAACGAGGUGCCCGACAGUUGCUACAAGGAUACCAUUUGCAAGGUGCAGAAGAGUGUUGUCAAACUGGAGAAUCGCCUCGACGUGGUCAACAAAAAGUGUAGCGAUGUUCUCACAGAAAAUGGCAAAAUGCGAGAUGCCAUCAAUCAUAUGCUUCAGGAUCGGGCGAACUUUAAUGACAUGUGGCAAUCGAUGGUCACACAAUUCAAUGAUGGCAAAAAGCUCAUCAUGGAUUUAAUUGAUCAAUCAACAUUGGCCUUUGAUCAACGCCAGGAGUUGUGUACGAAGCUAACGGUGCUCAAGGAUCGCAACGAGAACGAUAAGGUUAUGCAUAUACAGGAAAUGCGAGAAAUGCAACGUCGCCUGGAGCACGACGCCAAGUUGCAAAAGUUCUUCGACAUUAAGGGCCAGAAGAGGCUCAAUCCCGAGCUGGAGCAGCGUGAGCUGGACAAGAAGCAGAUCCAGAAGGAGAACUAUGAACGCCAGAUCUUCGAAUACAAGGAGAUCAUUGAAAGGAUUAAGCAGUUAUAUGGCGAGGAUGACACUGAACGCUUGGUGGCCCAAUUCAAACGCCAGGAAGAUGAAAACUUUGCACUCUUCAACUACGUUAACGAGCUCAGUCACGAGGUGGAGGUGCUCAAUGAUACCACGCAGGAGUUAACCGAUGAAAUUGAGCGUCAAAAAUCGGAACAAACCGAGAAGGAACUUAAACUCAAAACGGAAGCCUUGGACUAUUUAAAUGAUGAACUGGCUCGCAUUGAGCAACUGGCCAAGGAGACUAGCGAAAAGAAGCAAAACCUGAGCGUCCGCUUGCAGCAAUUACUCAAGGGCAUCGAGGAUAUAUUCAAAUUACUGGCCUGCGAUGAUGCACCCAUUCUGAAUGUGCUCAGCUCUAGGACCUUCCUUACCGUGCACAAUGUAAAACUCUUUAUCGGCGUCAUCGAACGACGAGUGAAUCUAAUUAUUAGCACCAUCAACAUUGAGGAUAAUUCCAAUCGGAUAUUGGCCCGAAAGGAUCGUGUGCCCAAAUUUAAUAUUCGCGAAUCGGCUAAAAUGAAACAUUAG